GUACGUUCACUCGAUAGAACGACUGUCGUCUGGUGCACGACGAGCUUCAAGCAAUAUGGCGAAGUGUGUCAUGGGCUCGGUGAGACGUAGUGCCGUUUGAAAAGAUGAAAGGUUCGCGGUAUGGGUUGAGAAUAAUGUAGCGCUAUGAAGAUCGUGUGAAGAUUCUAUUUGUGUAUAAAAAAGCAUCGAGCAGUUCCUUGUGAUCGGGAUAUACAGUGCGCGUUACCGGUGUGAAAUCAUGGCUACGGAUAAAAUAAAGGUUGCCGUACGGGUCCGGCCGUUCAAUCGGAGAGAGCUGGAGCUCGGUACACAAUGCGUCGUCGAAAUGUCCGGACAGCAAACCAUCUUGCAGCAUCCGACCACGAUGGACAAAAUCGAACGAAGCAAGCCAAAAACAUUCGCGUUCGACCAUUGUUUCCACUCUCUGGACCCGACCGCGGAGAAAUUCGCGAGCCAGGAGGUGGUGUUCGACGCUCUGGGCCGCGACAUUUUGGACAAUGCGUUCCAGGGCUACAACGCCUGCAUUUUCGCAUACGGACAAACCGGGUCUGGGAAAUCGUACACGAUGAUGGGAAGCGGCGAGCACAAGGGCAUCAUACCGCGGCUCUGCGACAACCUAUUCGACAUGAUCGCGAAACAGCAGAGCUCGGAGCUCACCUACAAAGUGGAGGUCUCCUACAUGGAGAUCUACAACGAGAAGGUGCACGAUCUGUUGGAUCCGAAGCCGAACAAACAGUCGCUGAAGGUCAGGGAGCACAAUGUCCUGGGGCCCUACGUCGACGGGCUCAGUCAACUCGCCGUCACGUCGUUCCAGGACAUUGACAAUCUAAUGGCAGAGGGCAACAAAUCGCGGACGGUGGCAGCGACGAACAUGAAUUCGGAAAGCUCCCGUUCGCAUGCUGUGUUCUCCGUGAUACUCACGCAGACGUUGACAGAUACGAGAAGCGGCGUCAGCGGGGAGAAAGUCUCCCGGAUGAGCUUAGUGGACUUAGCAGGGAGCGAAAGGGCUGUGAAAACUGGGGCAGUGGGCGAUAGGCUUAAAGAAGGAAGCAAUAUAAACAAAUCCCUAACGACGUUGGGUCUAGUCAUUUCGAAGCUGGCGGAUCAGAAUUCCGGAAGCAAUAAGAAUAAGGACAAAUUCGUGCCGUACAGAGACUCCGUUUUAACGUGGCUCCUGAAGGAUAACCUUGGCGGCAACAGUAAAACUGUAAUGGUGGCCACUAUAUCACCGGCGGCGGACAAUUACGAGGAAACGCUUUCCACCCUCCGAUACGCGGACAGAGCGAAGAGGAUCGUUAAUCACGCUGUGGUCAACGAAGACCCGAACGCAAGAAUUAUUCGGGAGCUGAGGCAGGAGGUGGAAACGCUGAAGGAGAUGCUGCUCCACGCGACUGGACAAGGGUCGAUAGUGGGCCAACAACGCACAGACAUAACGGAGAAACUGUCGCAGUCGGAACGACUGAUGAAGGAGAUGUCGCAGACGUGGGAAGAGAAGCUGGUGAAGACUGAGAAGCUGCAACACGAAAGGCAGCAAGCCUUGGAGAAAAUGGGGAUCAGCGUGCAGGCUUCUGGUAUCCAAGUCGAGAAGAACAAGUACUACCUUGUGAACCUUAACGACGAUCCCAGCUUGAACGAGUUACUGGUGUAUUACCUGAAGGAGAGGACACUGGUGGGUGGUCGAUCCGCGAAACUGGACCAGGACAUCCAACUGCACGGUUUGGGUAUCCUCCCUGAACACUGUGUGAUCACGAUAGAGGAGUCCGGGCUGUACAUGACGCCGUUGAACGGUGCUAGGUGUUUCGUAAACGGCACACAGGUCGUCGAAAAAACGCCGUUGUUGCACGGCGACAGGAUCGUCUGGGGAAAUCAUCAUUUCUUCCGAGUUAACUGUCCCAGGAGCGCAACAGCGAUCAACAGCGAGCCGCAGACACCCGCGCAGAAUAUCGAUUACAACUUCGCGAGGGAAGAGCUGAUGCUUAACGAGCUGUCGAACGAUCCGAUACAGAGGGCCAUCGCGAGACUAGAGAAACAACACGAGGAGGACAAACAGGUCGCGCUGGAGAAGCAAAGGCAAGAGUACGAGCGGCAGUUCCAGCAGCUACGCAAUAUCUUAUCGCCGUCGACACCGUAUUCACCGUAUGUACCCUACGAUCCUCUAAGAGGCAGUCAAAGCGGCAAGUUGCCAGCCUGCACGCCGACCACGCAAAUGCGCGUCGAAAAGUGGGCUCAGGAGAGAGACGAGAUGUUCAAGAGGAGCUUAGGUCAAUUAAAGGCGGACAUUUUGAAAGCCAACUCCCUGGUGCAGGAGGCGAACUUCUUGGCGGAGGAAAUGGGCAAGCAGACGAAAUUUAGCGUGACCCUGCAGAUUCCGCCGAACAACUUGAGUCCGAACAGAAAGAGUGUAUUUUUCCAGCGGGGCGCGUUCGUCAGCGAACCCGCGAUCUUAGUUAAAAGGACAAACAUGGGCAGCCAGGUGUGGUCGAUGGAAAAACUAGGGAACAAAUUGGUCGACAUGCGAGAAAUGUACGAGGACUGGAAGGAUCCGAAUAACUGUCAACGAUUACCUGGCAUGAAGGACGAAGUACCGGGGAAGACGCAGGACCCGUUUUACGAGUCCCAGGAGAACCACAAUCUGAUCGGAGUGGCGAACAUAUUCCUAGAGGUCCUAUUCCACGACGUCCGAUUAGACUAUCACACGCCGAUCAUCAGCCAACAGGGAGAAGUCGCUGGACGACUGCAGAUCGAGAUCAGCCGUAUAUCCGGUCAUUUCCCUCAGGAUCGGAUGUGCGAGGCAGCCUCGGAAUCCUCGGCCGAUUCGACCUCGUCCGAGCCCGAGGACUAUUCCGGGUCGAGUCACAUCACUUGUCGCGUCACAAUCAAACAAGCGACCGGUUUGCCGCUGUCAUUGAGUCACUACGUGUUCUGCCAGUACAUGUUCUGUGGACACCCGGAACCAAUCGUGGUCCCGGCGGUGGACAACUCGGAACAAUUGAACCCGAACUGCCAGGCUGGACAGCGGGACUCAUUGGCGUUCAAGUUCAACCACACGAAUGACUUUGUUGUGCCCGUUACGGAGGAGUUUAUGGAACACUGUGCUGAGGGUGCCUUGAGUAUAGAAGUGUGGGGCCACCGAAGCGCAGGAUUCUCCCGGAGCAAACCCGGGUGGGAGGUCGAGCAACAGCUGGCCAAAGCUAGAUCCUUGGCUGAUCGAUGGUCCGAGUUGACGCGGAAGAUCGAGCUGUGGGUCGAGAUCCAAGAACUGAACGAGCAAGGAGAGUACGCGCCUGUCGAAGUAUCCGUGAAACGAAAUACAUGGACAGGUUCUUCUAGCGACGCGAACUCAGCAUUUUCCGCAGGCGGCAUUUACCAGCUGCGACAGGGUCAGCAGCGGCGGAUACAAGUUCGCGUGAAACCAGUACAAAAUUCUGGAACACUGCCGAUCAUUUGUCAAUCGAUAUUAAACGUGGCAGUCGGUAGUGUGUCAGUCAGGAAUCGCCUUCAGAUUCCAUUGGACAGUUAUCAGGAUGAGGACCUGAGCAUACUGAGAGAAAAAUGGAGCGAGGCCUUGAUGAGGAGGAGACAGUACUUGGACCAGCAGAUACAGAAGCUUAUUAACAAGCAAGACAAGACAGAACAAGACAUGGAACGUGAACAGAGCCUGGUGGAUCAAUGGGUCAGUUUGACGGAAGAACGAAAUGCAGUUUUGGUUCCCGCGGCAGGAUCAGGCAUACCUGGCGCACCUGCUGACUGGAACCCUCCACCAGGCAUGGAACCGCACAUACCUGUACUGUUCCUUGAUCUCAACGCCGAUGAUCUCUCAACCCACCAGUCCGGAGAAGAAGUUUCUGUCACGGGACUGAAUUCCAUCUUGCCCAAGGAACACGGCAACAAAUUUUACAAUCUGCCAAUCAUUCGUCGCAUUGAGAAAGAUGUUUGUGCCAUCGCUGCUUGGGACUCUAGUAUACACGACAAUAUACACCUGAACAAAGUCACAGAUGCGAACGAGAGAGUGUUCUUGAUCGUAAAGACGACAGUCAGGCUGUCGCAUCCGGCGCCGAUGGACCUCGUGCUGCGUAAACGACUGAACCUCAACAUCUACAAAAGACAGAGCAUCAGGGACAGACUGUUCAAGAAGAUCGUCGGCACCGACUGCGAGACUCAAACAGGCGUCACCUACGAGGUAGUGUCUAAUAUACCAAAGGCCAGCGAGGAGCUGGAAGAUCGCGAGAGUUUGGCGCAGAUUGCUGCCAGUGGAGAGGACAACAGUUUGUGCGAUGGAGAAACGUACAUCGAAAAAUAUACGCGCGGCGUCUCGGCGGUGGAAAGUAUCCUAACUCUAGACCGAUUACGGCAAAACGUUGCGGUAAAAGAGUUGCUGCAAGCACAAGGUCAACCACUGAUGCGCAAGACUGCAAGUGUACCCAACUUCUCGCAGGUACUACUGCCCCUCCGACGUCUUGGACGCACUAUCAUGAGAUCCGAUACCUCGAUGGACUCCCUGAACGUCACCCGAUCCGAAAGUGUGACGGAUCUCAACAGCGAGUUAAACGGAAUGCUGCAUUCUCGUCGUGCAUCCACCGGUCACACAAGAAACGACGAAAACUUCGUGACCACGCCAUCCAAACCAUUUGGAAUCGGCUCCAUUCUGAACUCAGCGAGACCAACUUUCCUGAAUCUGAACCUGAAUCUCAACUCAUUGACACGUCUGCAACAAUCCACCUCUGCCAAGUCAUCUCCAAACAUGGUGGGUUCUAAGCUGGGUCUGCGGAUGACCACGUUGCACGAGGAAACGUCGAUCAUGGGGAACCAGCUGCCAUCGCCAGUCAAUGACGAAGAAGAGGAGAAAAGCGACGCCGACUACUCCGAGUACGAUUCCUACCAGGCAACGGCGAAACCAGUAAAACCACUAACUUCUUCACGCACACUGGAUUCUCUCGUCGAACUUCAAUCGACGAAGAUCAACACGCCAAGCAUGAGCAGCAGUGGUUACGGUUCCCAAGCCGUGUCGACGACCAAUCUGACCUCCGAGGACUCGUUGUCGGUGAAGUCGAUCAGCGUGGACGAGACCCCGGACCUCGAGUAUCGAAAUCUGCUAGACGCGAAAAAGCCGGAGCGAAUGGACAGCUCUCUGGUCGAGGAAACACCUGAGGAGUACAUGGGCGAGGUGUCCGCGGCGUUGGGCCACCUGGACAUGCUAGGUAACAGCUGCAACAAGGACCGCAUCAGGAAGGAUUUAGAGGAAACUGGUGCUUAUGUGGAUCCGGACAUAGACAGUCCAGUCUCCUCGACGAAGAGCGACAGCGACGCGAACAGUAGCAUAGUGCACUCGAACAACGUUCAGAAGAAGGACACGACCAACCAGGUUCUGAGCAACCGUAGAAAAAGCGACAUGGAGAUCAGUCAGACGUCGAAUUCGGGGGAGGACAGUCCUUUCGAGGGCAACUCGGUUGUCCAUACGAAACUACCGCCGGGCAAGGUGGUGCGUCGAAGAAAAGCGUCUGCGACUACAGGAAGGCCUACCAGUUCUCAGCACAGGGCUUCAUUCCCCAUGGUCCGUCCACAGCUCUCGGAGAGCAAAGCUGCAGCGCGACUGGAACAAUCAAUGCAACCCAACAUGCCCUACGAGAACGGUGACAAUAGCUCCUCUGAACGAAUCGACGAUGAUGUGAGCGACAAAAGUUCAGCCUUCGGGUCGAGACACGACUUAAGCCGAGUCGAGACGCCACUGCCAGAUUGGGUAGUGGUUGGCGAGUCGGUCUUGGUUCGUCCAUACAGCUAUUCUGGCGUCAUAGCGUACGUCGGCCCGACAGAGUUUGCUUCUGGCUCGUGGAUAGGCGUCGAAUUGGACGCACCGACUGGUAAAAACGAUGGUGCUGUGAACGGGCAAAGGUACUUCACGUGUCGACAGAAGUGCGGAAUUUUCGUCAAAGUGGACAAACUAAUUCAAGACAAACGAGGCAGAGCACUUAGGAACUACACUUUCACCCUUCCUCAGUCUGCACCGAUGCGCAGAAGCGUUAGCAGAGGCGAGGGUCUACAUUCCUUGCACCGAACUCGGAGCCGGGGCGAAGGUCUCUCAACAACAGGCACACGGUCCUCACCACGGGGCAAGUAAAAAGCAAAAAAAUACCCGGAUCACACCCGCUUCACCGUAACUUCGUUCUACUAUAAGCCACUAAAAUAAUCCUAAAGAAAAAAAAAUUGCUACAUGCCUAUGAUAUGUGUAGCAGCAGUGUUUCAGUCCCUUAGACGUUAGGGCAGCUAAUGGAUUAACUAAUAACUUCUAACUAUUACUUGAGAUAUUAGGUCAUUUAAUGUGUAUCACACAAAAGAAAAGCGCAUGGGAGACACACGGCCGAGAGCACCGAGCGCGAGAAGGAACAGCCGCGUGGCCGGGGAGGAUCAUGCCGAACGAAAAAAAGAAGCAUUUAGUAUGUCUACUUUGCAUUUCAGUAGAGUUAGAGGAAAAAGACGGAAAAAGAGAAUCGAAACGACAGCAACAAAAAAAAAUCACAAAAAACCAAGAAGAAGAAGAAGAAGCAGAGAAUAACAAAGACGAAGAGAAGAAAAGAACAAUCGUCGAUACACAAAAAAUGAAAAGAGCCGCAUUCGAAGCGGAUUCCGUUCAAGCAUUCCACAACGCUUUUACUUUUAACGACUGGGAUUGAAUCAGCCAUUCGAAACGUUUCACGUAGGACGAGGAGAGCGUCACGGUACUUUCUUUUAUCCUUUUAGUUCGCGAUCCAAUGAAUUGUACAUUGUCUAAAAGGCUAUCGAUAGAAGGGAAGAAGCAGAAGAAAAAGACGAAGACGGAAGUCGAUUUAUAAACGAUUCCCGCGAGACAUCCUUCCGUCCUUGACCCUCGCGUCGCGUCAAGGACGACGAUUAAUGUUCAAUGAUUAUUCCGACAGCGGUAAAAGCACCCUAAAUGAAUCCGAAUACGAAGCAUUCUCGGCCAGCCGCAUUCUCGCGGAAUCGCGGGGCCGAGCGGGUACACAGACGACACACGCGAGAGAACACACACGAGCUUUGACACCCGCAUACAUCUCUCUGUCUCUAUAUAUGUAUACAUAAUAUACAUUAUAUAUAAACACACUCUCCCGAAUUACCGGUGUAAUUCGUGUCGCGGAGACGUGCUACCGGAAACCGCGAGUAGACCCGACAAAAAUCCUUCGAGUACGAUUUACCGUGUCGCGUAGAUUAUUUAAAGAUUUUAUAUGUAUACAAUUGUUUCAUAUAUUGUAUUUUUUUAGCGCAA